CAAUUCGUCGCUUCUUCAAACUGGCUUCCCAAUCACUGUUAUCCGGGCCGAAGCAUCAUUAAAUGUUUCACAAAGCUUCGCCAUGCACCGCGCGAUCGAAUUGGGUUGCACCGUGUUCCUGGUCGAAGAGGAUUCCGUCAUUCGAUUCCUAGACAGCUAUAUUCCAACUCACGACGGAACCAACUUUCGUCGUCCGGAGAAAUACAUAAUUAUGUCAAUUCAAACUCCCGGGAAAAAUGCGACGGAGCUUUUGCGUAGAAUCCAACAACAUCCGGCGAUCGACGAAAUUGCAAACCUGCUGCUGCUGGUAACUAACGGUAGUCAAAUCGAUUUACUAACGCAUCGUUUUGUCGGUAACGUGCCGCAAUCACGUGAGCUGCUCCUGUUGGAUACGUUUUUACUAAGCAACGAAACAUCCGUUCAGGGCGGUAAUCUGUUCCCGGACAAAUUGUCCAACCUAAUGGGAAAAAGGAUGCGCGUAGCGACUUUCCAUCUUCUGCCAUGGUCAAUGAUGCGUCCGGUGGACGACGGUAUCGUGCUAUAUCUGAACCAAUCGUAUACUAUAGAUGGACUUGAUGGAUAUAUUCUAAUUCAGUUUUGCCUUUGGUAUAAUUGCACCUGGGAGCUUUUUGUUGAUCAAGAAAAUCAAUAUGGAGUCGUGUUUGAAAACCACACCGGAAAUGGAAUGAUCGGAUCAUUGGUGGAACGCAAAGUUGACCUAGCAAUCGGAGCGGUCGGUGCUUGGGCAUCACUGUUUCAGUAUUUUAGCUUUUCGAAUCCAAUCAUGUGGAUAGGAGUGACCUCACUCACACCCAGACCCAGGUUGGUUCCACCGUGGAAGAUCGUAUUCAUGAUGUUCACCAACACUGUUUGGUUCCUUUUGAUUGCCACCUUCAUAGUGGUAGUGUUGUUUGAGUAUCAUUUGCCAAAAGGUAAUGCUUCCCUGUUGAAUCGCAAAAGAAGUCUAUCACGAAGUUUCCUCAAUGUUUUUGGCGCGUUUUUACUGCUUCCAUCCGAGAUGAGGAGAGGUCGGAUAUCGGAAAACAUUCUUUCGAUUUCGCUUACAAUUUGUACCUUUCUUGUUGGAUACGUUUAUAUCGGCAAAAUUCAUAGCAUUCUAGCGGUUCCAGUUUUUCAACCUCCCAUAGAUAAUGUUUACGACUUGGCUGUGAGUGACAAACACUGGAAUGCACCGCACGAGGCUUGGAUGUACGCAUUGAUUGGAUCGCUGAAUCCAUACGUCCAAAAAAUUCUAACAACCUUUAGAGUAACCCCAAUCGAUGAACUUAAACAUAUCGCUGAUGAAGGUGAGGAAGCUCUGGUGGUUGCUGUGCUUAAUUUUGGUCAUUUCAUGGUCGGACCCUGGUUUACGGCGGAAAACAUAGAAAACUAUCGACUCAUGUCGGAGCUGAUUUACUUCGAAUAUGACACUGCGUACGCUACCAAAACUUGGCCCAUGUUGGAACGAUUUAAUUACCUUAUCGGGUGGAUUCGUGACGCCUGUCUGUGUCGAUUCGUGGAGUCGGAGGAUGUAUUUCGCUACAUGAAUUAUAGAGUUCAAAUCUCGAUCGAACAUUCGCGCGACAAGCCACACAAUGUGUUGAAACCGUUUGGUGUGGACAGCAUCGAAGGUGGGUUGCUGAUGCUUGGUUGUGGUUAUUUGGCUGCGAUGGCAGCACUGGUGUUCGAGCUGUUGUCAUGGAAGCUCGAGAGAGAAAGAGUCGCCAGACGGUUGGCCGAUAAGUGGAGGCAACAAAUACAACGCAAAAAGCUAGCAAGAUGGGGCAAGCUUUGAAUUACCCAGGAAUGCUAAAUUUUAAUUCUUUUUAUAUGAACUCAAGCAACACGACUCUGUAAAAUCAAUUAAAAUGGCAAUUCUAACAACUUCAUCACCCCAACACAAGCUCUUUAUUAUGCCCUAAGUAACUAAUUAUGCCCUAACUAACUACUUAACUACUUAUCGUUCACUUUGAAUUUUUACUGAAGUUAAAAAAGUGUAACUUUUUAUUAAUUUAUUGCUUCAAUCAAGUGAAAUGAACUUUAAUU